CCAGUUUCCGUAGAUUCUCGAGCGCGUGCGUGACGCAGCAGCGUCCAACGGUCAGAAGAAUUUUUACAGGCAAGAUGGCGACUUCGGAGCCGCGAGGAACUGAAAAUGAAGAAGUCCGUGCUGAAAGUCCUACGGCUCCUGUGACUAGUCCUGUGACAAGUUCUGAACAGUACAUCAAACACCCUUUGCAAAACAGAUGGGCUCUCUGGUAUUUCAAAAAUGACAAGAGCAAAAGUUGGACAGAAAAUCUGCGUCUCAUCUCCAAGUUUGACACAGUGGAAGAUUUCUGGGCAUUAUACAAUCACAUACAGCAGCCCAGUAAGCUUGGUUUUGGCUGUGACUACUGCUUAUUUAAGGAUGGUAUUAAACCCAUGUGGGAGGAUGACAGGAAUAAACUCGGAGGAAGGUGGUUAAUGACCCUCAGCAAACAGCAACGACACAAUGACCUUGACCGCUACUGGAUGGAAACGGUAAGAUUUUUUUUUUUUUUUCCGUGGUUUUGUGGAUGGUUCGGUGUGAUUUGCAUAACUUCAUACUGUGCGUGUGUUUUGCAGCUGUUAUGUUUAAUCGGGGAGUCUUUUGAUGAGGCUAGUGAAGACGUCUGUGGAGCUGUGGUCAAUGUCAGGCCAAAGGGGGAUAAAAUAGCCAUCUGGACAGGCAACUGCCAAAACAGGGACGCUAUCAUGACGAUAGGGCAACAAUACAAAGAGCGUUUGAGUAUCCCAAGCAAAACCCUCAUCGGAUACCAGUCACACGACGACACCUCUAGCAAAAGUGGCUCUACAACAAAGAACAUGUACUCAGUUUGAAGAAAACUAAUUUCAACUCAUUGUAGGUUUAUAAAAUUUCAAAUUUGCAUCACAUUAAUACUUUUGAGUUUGAGUCAACUACUGUAGUGCCCUUCCUUUUUAAGAAAAGAAAACAAAUCAAAUAUGUAAAUGUAGUGCUCUCCAGCCUGAAAUGAUCAGCACCAUUAUCGUGUGGAUUAGGGGACGUCUGCUUGUUUAGACCUGAGAGAAAAACUAUAGCAGUUAAGCUAGAUGUUACUGAUAUCAUUUUUUAGUGAUUUGAGAGAGUUUAAAGGACUAAUCGAGACUUACCUAGCUGAAGAGGUUCUAAGGCUUAGAUAAGAGACAUACCAUUCUUUGCUUUAACCUUUCGUUCUCACGCGUCACGUCAUGAAUGAACAAAAAAAAAAAAAAACACACAACUUAAUCCACACGGAUGUUUUAAGGGCCCAAACUGUUUUAACAUGCUUUGGUUAGAGAGGUGUUUGGCAUGAGAAGUGAUUGCAGAGGCGCCUGCAGACUGACUAUCUUAAAGGUUUGUAAAGGAUAACUUUUGGUCAUGCUCCAAGUUUGAAAUUUGGAGGAGUGGUCAUUUAUUGUUUCAGCUAUGCUGGAAUUGUGGCAUCUUGCUUGUUUCUCCCCUCCAUCUAUUUAUGAUGUAUGCGUUGCAGUUGAACUAUGUAGUGAGAGGAACACCAUGAAAAUCAAGCUCCUUUCUUUUCUAUCAGUUGUUUUUUUGAGGUUCUUAGCAAUGUGGACUACUGCUUGCUGUUUUUCCUUUUCUUUUUUACAGUGUAUUCAGUGAAUGCCUGGACAUACAUGCUUUUUUAAGUUUGCUUCCACCUUUUCCCUCAUUGACGCUGUAGACAUUUUCUAGUUUGCCCCACUCUUUGGAUCAGUGAAAGAAGAGAGGAUAUCCAUUGUGAAUUUAUUUUGCUCAUAAUGUAUCUUUAUUAUCUGUAAUUCCAGGAUGUAUAUUACCUUCUUUCAAAGUAAAGGUUAUGUGCUUUGCAUUAA